UUCAGGCGAGAGCCACGAAGACAAAAACGCUAAAACGAUACUUAAUAAGAGGUACAUAGUUUAUAUUUAGAUGUUACUUCGUUUUAAGGAUUAGCAAAAGCCAUGGCCGCGACGAGUCUAAUACUGCUGAAUUUCUUACUUUUAUUGGGCGUUUUUCAUUGUGAAGACGUCGAACUGCGAGUUUAUAAAGGUUCAUUCGGCAAUUACGUCAUCGUAACACUGGACAAGAUUUGUGAUAUUCUUCCUCAUAUUGACAAAGAGAAGACCACAGUUUUUACUACCAACGGGCUCGGCGGUUCCCCAACUGGCCCACAAGUACAAGCCUUGGCGUCAGCGCUGCUGGAUACCCAACAGUAUAACGUGAUCUUCUUGGACUGGAGCGAAGAAUCCCAAGUGGGGCCUUUAGGGGUUACUGUAACCUAUAUUAUAUCUGCUGCCCCUAAAGCGAUAAAGAUUGGCUGUGAAUUCGGUAGAAAACUGGCGGCCUUGGUGCAGUGCGGGCUGGAUUCCCAUAAGAUAUAUCUCAUAGGACAUUCCCUUGGCGCCCAUAUGAUGGGCGAAGCUGGACGCUGUGCCCUGGACAACGAUAUUUUAAUACCACGAAUUACCGGCCUGGAUCCCUCGGGGCCGUUGUUCCAAGGCCUCGUGAAGUACCCAGCGCUGGAAAAGGCAAGCGCCUACUUCGUGGACGUAAUCCACACAGACACCGGGAAGUACGGAUCCAAGACAUCCAUGGGCACUGUGGACUUUUACCCCAACUACAGAAAGACCAACGCCAAGCAACCAGGAUGCCCAGAAGGGAAUUUCAAGCAGUUGAGUCCUGAAGAUCGUUGUAGCCACGACCGUGCCGUGCUGCUGUUCUGCGAAGGAACCCGCAACCCUCACACCCUGAUGGCCGCUGGAGCCAAGAAUUUCGACGACUGGCAGAAACAGAACGGAACCACUGAUGAUAUCAACUACAUCGGGCCUUUAACCGACUUCACGGUCUCUGGAAACUACUACCUCACGACCAACUCGGAGUCGCUGUACAGCAAAGGAGAGGAAGGUCUGAAACCACCUUCACAGUAGACAGGGCAACUCCAGAAUAGAUGGCCUUAAGGGAGAGAUGGCCAAUCGAAAAAAAGAACAGAACCGUUGACCAGCAGGGCUAAAGUGCGCAACGUGAUAAAAUUAUCGAUCGAUUCAAUACAUUUUGUCUACGGCGAUUUUUUUUCCCCCUUACAUGCGCGGCAAGUAAUUUUGUUCAUAUUUUGACAGAACGACAUGACUUAUUUGGGGUCACAUAUUAGCACCAAUCUACAAAAUGACACGAUUAUAUCGUCACAAUCGAUAAAACGACCGUGACAAAAAUUUAUCACGUGGCGCAUAGGUAUUAGCCCUAGUGAUAUGACUAGAAACUGUUUAAUUCGCUUCGGUUUGUGUGAUAUGAACAAAAUUUUGGCAACAAAAUACAAAAGGCAAAUAAAAUCCUUGUUGAUUAGUAAUAGUAACAUUACGUAGUUACCACUUUUAAAAACAUCUCAAUCAUCCAUGGUAACUUUAGUCACCACUUCUAAAAACAUCUCAACAUUCCAUGGUAACUUUAGUCACCACUUCUAAAAACAUCUCAACAUUCCAUGGUAACUUUAGUUACCAGUUCUAAAAACAUCUCAACCAUCCAUGGUAACUUUAGUCACCACUUCUAAAAACAUUUCAACAUUCCAUGGUAACUUUAGUCACCACUUCUAAAAACAUCUCAACAUUCCAUGGUAACUUUAGUCACCACUUCUAAAAACAUCUCAACAUUCCAUGGUAACUUUAGUCACCACUUCUAAAAACAUCUCAACAUUCCAUGGUAACUUUAGUCACCACUUCUAAAAACAUCUCAACAUUCCAUGGUAACUUUAAUCACCACUUCCAAAAACAUCUCAACAUUCCAUGGUAAAUUUAGUUACCACUUCUAAAAACGUCUCAACAAUCCAUGGUAGCUAUAUUAGCUACCAACUUAUGGGCUUGCUACAUAGGUAUUCGUUAUACUAUAAUACUUUUUCACGGAUUGAAUUGUGUUGGCCCUAGUAUUGAUUCUGGAUUUAUUGUAGUAACAUCUCUACCCUAUAAACGUAAUCUACCAAAAACAUCGAAUUUAUUUUUAUAAUUAAGUAACUCCAUUAAAUUCACUACAUUACACUAAGGUACAUUGUGAUAAGUAGGUAAACAACAAUUUUUAUUUUUGUAUUGGUUACUUAAAUGAAUACUUAAGCAUUUAUAUAUUGUCUGUU